CUGAACUCUUAGCACAGUCUUUUCCUUUUGUAUUUGACAUCUAAAAAGCCUCCCUCAGAAAUCUGGCGAGACAGAAAAAAAAAAUUGAUCCCUACCCCACCAUCCAGGAACCGACGCCGAUAUCGACAAUCCGCACCUCAUCUGCCGUCGCGACAACACCCUGGCGACUACGUGAAACAAUGUCCGACCCUGUCCGGCUCACCGUCCUUAUCUCCGGCAACGGAUCGAACCUGCAGGCUGUGAUUGACAAAACCAGCCAAGGUCAACUCUCCACCCAGAUUGUCCGAGUCAUCUCCAACCGCAAGGAUGCCUUUGGCCUCGAGCGGGCUCGCAAAGCCAACAUCCCAACGCAAUACCACAACCUCGUGAAAUACAAGAAGCAACAUCCGGCAACACCAGAGGGGAUACUGGCCGCCCGUGAGGAGUACGAUGCCGAACUGGCCCGGCUGGUGCUCGCUGACAAGCCGGAGAUGGUCGCUUGUCUGGGAUUCAUGCAUGUCUUGUCCCCUCGGUUCUUGGAGCCGUUAGAAGAGGCCAAUAUCAAGAUCAUCAAUCUGCAUCCUGCUCUGCCAGGUGCCUUCAAUGGCGCGAAUGCGAUUGAUCGCGCCCAUGCAGCUUGGUUGGAAGGGAAGAUCGACAAGACGGGAGUCAUGAUGCACAAGGUGAUCUCGGAGGUAGAUAUGGGGACACCAAUUCUGGUGCGCGAGAUUCCCUUCGUCAAGGGGGAGGAUGAAGACCUCCACAAGUUUGAGCAGAAGGUGCAUGAGAUUGAGUGGGGAGUGGUAAUUGAAGGAGUGCAGCUUACGAUCCAGGAGAUUCAGGAAGAGCGGCAGCGGAGGUGAUCGGUCUGAAUUUUUAUGCUUUACGAUUGUGGUCAAUACACAAAGAUACCAAGGCUGAAUCUAAGAAGUAUACUUGUCAUCACCACCUGAAGGAUUUAGUAGAACCAACCUGCUUGGGAGCUGCCAGCGCCGGGAGCGGUCC